AUCGAAUCACUUUUUGAAAGUAGCUUUUGCUUAGUGGUAUGCAUUCUUCGCAGCAUGACUUUAAUUAUUCAUUCACAACUCAACAAUGUCUUGUUCUUGAGCCUUAUCUCUUUACUAUAUGAACUCCAAACUAUCCUUCAAUUAAAUCUUCAUAGCUCUCAAUCUAGUUACAACUUCCUUCCUUUUGCUAUUUUACAUUCACAGUAACAAUACAAGAUGGCUGCAACUUUGGUUGGAGGGGCUUUUCUCUCUGCAACUGUUCAAACCUUAGUUGAGAAACUUGCCUCAACUGAAUUUCGUGAUUACAUCAAAAACACCAAGCUGAAUGAGUCGUUGUUGGCAGAGUUGAAAACAACACUACUCGCUCUUCAAGCUGUGCUGGAUGAUGCAGAGAUGAAGCAGAUCACCAACACUGCUGUCGAAACAUGGUUAGAUGAAUUGAAAGAUGCAAUCUUUGAUGCUGAGGAUUUGCUCAACCAAAUCAAUUACGAUGCCCUGCGGUGCAAGAUGGAGGGCAAACAAGGUGAAAACAUUACUGGUCAGGUAUGGAACCUCAUUUCAUCUCCAUUUAAAAACAUCUACGCAGAGAUCAAUUCACAAAUGAAGAUUAUGUGUCAAAGGCUGCAACUUUUUGCUCAACAGAGAAACGUCCUUGGCUUGCAAAUUGUGAGCAGGAGAGUUUCUCGUAGAACGCCUUCGAGUUCAAUGGUAAAUGAAUCUUUUAUGGUUGGUAGGAAGGAUGAUAAAGAGGAACUAAUUAGUAUGUUAUUAUCACACAGUGACACAAAUAGUAAUAAUUUUGGUGUUGUGGCAAUUUGGGGCAUGGGGGGUGUUGGCAAAACAACCCUUGCCCAACUUCUUUACAAUGAUAAAAAAGUACAAGAACAUUUUGAUCUGAAAGUCUGGGUUUGUGUGUCGGAGGAUUUCAAUAUUUUGAGAGUAACUAAAUCGUUGCUUGAAUCUAUCACUUCACGAGGCAGUGAAAGCACUAAUCUUGAUUUUCUUCGACGUGAAUUAAAUAAAAACUUGAGUGAUAAAAGAUUUUUGUUAGUGCUGGACGACCUUUGGAAUGACAAUUAUAAUGAUUGGGAUGAACUAGUAACUCCUUUGGUUAACGGAAAAAUUGGAAGUAGGGUCAUCAUCACAACACGCCACCAAAAAGUUGCUGAGGUUGCACACACAUUCCCCAUUCAUAAAGUAGAGACGUUAUCAGAUGAUGAUUGUUGGUCUUUACUCUCAAAGCAUGCAUUCAGAAGUGAAAACUGUCAAAGCAACGAAUCCCCAAAUCUAGAAGCAAUUGGCAAGAAGAUUGCAAAAAAGUGCGGUGGAUUGCCCAUAGCUGCUAAAACACUCGGAGGACUUUUGCGUUCAAAAGUAGAUGCAAAAGAGUGGGCUGAAAUUCUAAACAGUGACAUAUGGAAAUUAACAAAGGAUAAUAUUUUGCCUGCUUUGCGUUUGAGUUAUCAAGAUCUCCCCUCUCAUUUGAAAAGAUGUUUUGCCUAUUGCUCAAUUUUUCCGAAGGAUUUUCCAUUUGAUAGGAAGCAAUUGGUUUUGUUGUGGAUGGCAGAAGGCUUCCUAGACCAUUCUCUAGAAAAUAAAACACCUGAAGAAGUAGGCGACGACUACGUCAAUGAAUUGUUGUCCAGAUCCUUAAUUCAAGUACAACAAUCAAACGGUGAUUUUGGAAGACAAAAGCUUGUUAUGCACGACCUUGUUAAUGAUUUAGCCUCAAUGGUAUUUGGAAAAAGUUAUUUCAGGCUUGAAUGUAGUGGUAAAAUCUCUAAAAAUGUUCGUCAUUUGUCAUAUAAUCAAGAAUUUUACGACAUUUUCAAAAAGUUUGAAGUUCUCGACAAUUUCAAAUGCUUGCGAAGCUUCCUACCCGUUAAGCUUUCCCGCUUUCAUGGUUAUUACUUAUCUAGAAAGGUUGUUGAAGAUUUACUACCCAAACUCAUAAGGUUACGUGUGCUGUCCUUAAAUAAGUAUUCGAACAUAACCACGCUACCAGAAUCAAUUGGCAGUAUGGUGCAGUUGCAAUAUCUAGAUCUCUCAUUCACUGGAAUCAAAAGCUUGCCUGAUGCAAUUUGUAAACUUUACAAUUUGCAAACCUUGAAUUUAAUGGGGUGCAUGGAUCUUACUGAGUUGCCACUAUGUUUCGGACAGUUGAUUAACUUACGUCACUUGGAUAUUAGUGAGACAAACAUAAAUGAGAUGCCAAAGCAAAUUGUUGGACUAGAAAACCUUCAGACAUUAACUGUUUUUGUAGUUGGCAAGCAAGAAAUUGGGUUAAGUGUCAAAGAUCUUGGGAAGUUUCCUAACCUACAAGGAAAGCUUUGCAUCAAGAACCUGCAUAAUGUCAUCGACGCCGUUGACGCUAGUGAUGCCAACAUGAGAAGCAAAGAACAUAUUGAGGAGUUAGAGUUACAAUGGAGCAAGCAAACUGAAGACUCGCGAAUGGAGAAAGAUGUGCUUGAUAUGUUGAAACCGUCACUAAAUCUCAAUAAACUGAGCAUUGACCUAUAUGGAGGCACAAGCUUUCCGAGUUGGUUGGGAGAUUCUUCUUUUUCAAACAUGGUGUCCUUGUGCAUGUCUAAUUGUGAAUAUUGCAUAACAGUUCCACCACUAGGACAACUACCUUCUCUCAAGGACUUGACCAUUAGUGGUAUGAAAAUGGAAAUAAUUGGGAUAGAAUUCUAUGGGAUGACAUUAGAACCUUCCAUUUCUUCAUUCCAACCAUUUCGAUCUCUCGAGAAACUGUAUUUUGUUUGCAUGCCGAAUUGGAAGGAAUGGAUACACUAUGAAAGUGGUGAAGUUGCUUUCCCUCGUCUUAGAACUUUGUCGUUAAGGCAAUGUCCAAAACUAAUGGGACAUAUGCCUAACCAUCUUUCUUCAAUAGAUGAAGUUAGCAUAACUUGUUGUGAUAGUCUCUUGACAACACCGCAUACUACUUUACAUUGGGUCUCCUCAUUAAAAAAAAUAAGUAUUAAAAAAGAUCAAAAUUCUCUAAUGGUUUCUAAAAGGACCCAAUUGUUGUCACCUGUGAGUGAAAGGACCCAAUGGUUGUUACCUGAGAAUGAUUCUCCAUGUCUACUACAGAGUUUAUGUAUUCGUUACUAUGAUACACUAUUUUCAUUACCUAAAAUGAUUAUGAGCAGCAAUUGUCUUCAAUCCUUGGUACUCGAUAAUAUUCCGUCUCUUGCUGCUUUUCCCACAGAUGGUCUACCCACUUCAUUGCAAACGCUUUCUAUUUAUAAUUGUGAGAAUUUAGCAUUCUUGCCUCUUGAAACAUGGGGCAAUUACACAUCGCUUGAGAAUUUGCUUUUAGCGAAAAGUUGUAAUUCACUUACCUCAUUCGCAUUGGAUGGUUUCCCAAAACUCCAAAUCCUUCAUAUUGAUUCCUGUACAAAUUUGGAAUCCAUUUUUAUUUCAAAAACAUCUUUUCUUCUUCCGUCAUCUUUGACUCCACGGAUGGAAACUCUAACCUCUCUAGAAAUUUUGCAUCUCGCAAAUCUUCCAAAACUAUCAUUUUGUGAAGGAGCUUGCCUACCUCCCAAAUUACUAUAUAUUCGUAUUAUAUCAGUGAGAAUAACAACACCUAUAUUUGAAUGGGGUCUCCAACGCCUUACUGCUCUUUCAACAUUGCAUAUUGGAAGUGAUGAUGAUAUUGUUAACACCUUGUUGAAGGAGAAAUUGUUGCCUAUUUCCCUUACGGGUCUAUGUAUCUGUGAUCUCCCUGAAAUGAAAUCCUUUGAAGGAAAUGGACUUCGACACCUUUCCUCUUUAGAAGCACUUUGCUUUAAAGAUUGUCCAAGGCUUGAGUAUUUGUCAGAAGAAACAUUGCCUUCCUCUCUUAAGAUGCUGGAAAUCGUGAAAUGCCCUCUAUUAAAAGCAAGGUAUAAAAGUCAGAGGUGGGAGCAUCUGUCCAUCCCAGUCUUACGUAUAAAUGAUGAAGUGAUAAUAUGAGUCAGGUGUGUCAUUGGUAAGACAUGGAAAGUGCAUAUACAAAGUUUUGGUUCAUCUUUUCAUUUCUCUGCAAGAAGCAACAGUCACUGAUUGAUUUAAGUUGGAAGCAUCUUUUCAUUUCUCUUAAAGAUAAAUAGCUGAUAUUGUUGGCUGUUGGAGUACAAAUAGUGUUAUUUGAUGAUGUUAAUCCUUUCUUCUUUUACUUAUUUUUGAAUUGAGACACUAUUUGUGAUUUAUUUGUUGUUUUAUACUUCAAUUCUUGUAUGUAUAUUAAUAUAUAUUGGGUUCAAAAAAAAAUUGUUGACUA